CCAAACUGGAGGCUGCCGUCCCUCUCAAUGAGGCUAACUCCUGCUAGGUGACCGCUAAUGCUGCUGAAGGAGCUGCUGCUUCAUCUCAGGCUCGGCCUGGUGCUGUAAACCAUGCUGGACACUCAGGGCGACAUCGAUAAGACCGUGUUCGUGAGUAACCUGCACAGCUGUGUGAAGGAGGAGAUCCUGUACGAGCUCUUUCUGCAGGCGGGUCCAGUCAAAAAGGUCAUCAUUCCGAGAGACCGAGAGGGACACCAAAGGUCUUUCGGCUUUGUUUACUAUAAGCAUGCUGAAGCCGUACCCUACGCCAUCGAGCUGCUGGAUGGAAUUUGGCUCUAUGGCCGUCCAAUCAGCCUGAAGUAUACCUUUGGGAACUCUCACCAGGCCUGCGGAGCUGCAUCUCCAAACCUGCAGAACGGACUGGCUGGAAACAGCAAGUUCCCACCUCAGGAAGAACACAGCUGGAGUGAUGUGAUGUCUGGUUUGCCCUUUGAUCACUUCUUUCAAGCUGUGCCUGCUGCUCAGGUGCAGUGCUGGCCUGCUGUUUCUACUCCAUCCUCUGCUGCCCCCCAGUGGCCAUGGCUGGUCUCUGGAUAUGCUCCGUGGAUCCCUGGCUCAGAUGAGCAGUCUCCAGCCUGUGCCACGUCAAAAACGGAUGCAGAGCACAGCCUAGAGAACGGAAAGCAUCACAAGGGCAAAAGAAGCCAUGAGAGGAGACAGAAACGCAAGAGAAGACGUAAAAUCUGAGUGCGCUCGUCUCCCAGUGCACUGCUAGAUAACUGCUUCUGCGCUGGAAAUCAUGUAGAGCAUUUAAAACGCUUCUGGCAUUUAUUCUACAGAGCAUACAAAGCUGAUUUGCACUUACAGCCAGUGAAUGGCAGUGUUUGUGUUCCUGUAUGUUGCGGAUAAAAAUAUGUUCAUAAAUUUAGCCUUUAUCUCAAUUAAAUUCAAUGUUGAAUCCAGUUAAGCUCAUUAUUUUGUUGUAGAGUCAAUAUUUCAGUUAAAUCCACUUGAACUGUGUGAAUAAAGACACAAAUGCAGUGAA